AUGAAGAUGUUGAAGGCUACGGCAACGUUGCUUUUAGCAGUGGCCCUGGGACAUGCAUCUGGGCUGAGUGAUGUUCAAGAGCCCAUUAUAGCAGCGAGCUUGAAUGUAAGCGGCAACGGGAAGCUCUCGGAAGUGAUAGCUUCAUCGCCCUUGCUCUCGCUGCACAGAGCCAUUUGUGAGGUCGAAUCCGUGUCGGACAAUGAGCUACCUGUUGCGAAGCUCAUAAUAAAAUUCUUGGAGGCCCACAAUUUCACCGUGAAGACCCAGAGCGUUCCGCCUCCAGAUGCUACAAACGAUACUCAGGUACGAUGGAAUAUUUACGCAUAUCCAGAUCCGUCAAAGUACGGUGGCAGUCAAGCAGAGACGUCGCAACCAUCACCGAAGAUUCUCCUAAGCUCACACAUCGAUACUGUGCCUCCGCACAUCCCUUACUCCUUGUCGCUGCCGAAAAAGGCCGAUGAUGGCCAACUUUCGUCCUCGCGGAAGAAUAUUUUGAUAUCUGGGCGGGGCACAGUUGAUGACAAAGCUUGUGUCGCGGUUCAAAUCCAAACAAUCUUAGAUCUCCUCGCUAACCAUUCUACGGAGAUUGAUCCGUCCGACCUCGCGCUGCUGCUUGUUGUCGGCGAGGAGCAACGAGGGGAUGGAAUGAGGCAUUUCUCGAACUCAGAGCUCUACCGGAAGACCAAGUCGAAUUACAAGGCCGUGCUCUUUGGUGAACCAACGGAGGGAAAGCUGGCUGCAGGGCACAAGGGGAUCUUCAUGGUCAAGGUCAAUGCACACGGCAAGGCCGCGCAUUCCGGAUAUCCCUGGCUUGGGCGGAGCGCAAACAGCAUGAUUCUACCUACGCUAUUGACACUAGAUAAGUUGGGAGAUGUUCCCGAGGCAGAAGGAGGCCUCCCACGCAGUGAGAAAUUCGGCAAAAGCACGGUCAAUGUAGGCUAUGUCCGCGGCGGAGUUGCUGGAAAUGUUGUCCCAGAGUUUGCAACAGCAGACGUGACUUUCAGGCUGGCUGGAGGGACUCCGGAAGAAGUUCAGCACAUAGUGCGUGAAGCGAUUCGAGCAGCUGACCCAGAGGACUUGCUAGACCUGGAGUUCUCUCAGGGCUACGGUCCAAUAAGUUUGGAUGCUGACGUUGAGGGCUUUGACACGAUCACAGUCAACUACGGUACAGAUAUUCCUAACUUGGAGCUGCUAGAAGGUGUGAAAAGGUACCUGUAUGGACCUGGGAGUAUCCUUGUUGCACAUGGAAGAAACGAAGGACUGACAGUGGGUGACUUGGAGGAGGCGCUGAAGGGUUAUAAAAGUUUGGUGCAACAUGCACUGAGGUCAUGA